AUGGCCAACUUGCCUUCCAUAGACUACCGCGAACUGCUACAGACUGGAGAAUUCAGCGACUUCACCAUCAAGUGCCAUGCCGAAUCGUUUCCCGUUCACAAGGCCAUUCUCUGCCAGAACUCUGCUUACUUCGCGACCCUCCUGCGAAGCUCUUUCAAGGCACGUUACCAUUUACCUGUGAUGUUCACUGAUAUCGACUGCGACGUCCUGAAGCAUCUUCUCGACUACUUCUACCGCGGCACCACCGACUGGAAAUACCCGCGGGAGGACAUCAUGAUGAAUGUACGCCUCUGGAUUCUCGCCGACAGGUUUCAGGCCUACCCCGCCAUGGUUGCCGUGGAGAGGAACCUCGUGAGAUACAUCGACUGCCAGAGGAAGAUGGCUGCCGCCGCCAAACCUGACGUCCUAAAUCUCGUGUUCUCCCAUGCGGGCGACGGAAAGAAGAUCUCGGCCAUGACGACUCUCUUCGGCUUCUCCGCAUGGGUCACUUCUUGUACGUCGACUGCGGAAAUACGCUCCAAUAUCGACGCCGUCGCCUUCAAUCACCAAUCUCUGGCGUCAAUGAUGUUUUACUAUGCUCGACAUCAAAUCAAUGCGGCUAAUAGGAACAUCAACAAGCCUGGAUCUUCCGGAGGGUGCUUCGAGAUACCAGACACCGCCUCUCGCUUGCGUCAGUUCGAUCAGCUCUCUUGGAAUUCCACUGGCUUUGGCGCUGCUGUGCAAUUAACAAAAAUCAAGGACAUGUGGAAGAAGAUCUGA